CUAACAUGGGGUCAUGCCCAGAGCAAUACAACAUAAUAAAAUAUAAAAACAACAUAUCAUAACACCAUUUAAAAUACAAUAAAUAAUAAUAAACAGAACAUCAAGAAAUCAAAAAAAAAAAAACAAUAAAUCAAGGGCAGGCCGCUUGAACACAAAGAUAAAACCCGGAGUGAGAGGGACAGAGAAGUACUCCACUAUGGGCAGGGACAUUUGGAAGGGGUAAUCUAGAGGAUAGAAGUUCGGAGGGGAGUAAUACGGAGAUAUAUGACAGAAAUUACUCACCGAAAGCACAAUGGAAGAGCCAUGUUUUCAAUUCUCUCCUAAAAGCUAACAGAGUGGGAGCUUGCCUUAUUUCAGUAGGAAGUGAGUUCCACAAUCGGGGGGCCACAGCAGAGAAGGCCCUCUCCCUUGUACUUACAAGGCGAGCCUGGGAUAUAGGCAAUGGUGAUAACAGGGCCUCUCCGGAUGAUCGCAAGGAACGGGCAGGUUUAUGGAAGGAGAUACGAUCACGGAGGUAGGUGGGUCCCAAACCGUUCAGGGCUUUAUAGAUGAUUGUCUGCACCUUGAAUUGGGACCGGAAGAUGAACGGCAGCCAGUGGAGCUCCUUAAACAAGGGAGUGGAUCUCUCCCUGUAUAUGGGAUAUUUAGUAUUUGUUGAGUUAUCUUUAAAAUAACUGUGUUGUUUAGUUGCCAUAGAAACAUAUUUCUGAACAUCUCCUACAAGGAGAAGUUACUCAGGGUGAGAAUGGAGGAGAAGCCUCUGUAAUAAGAAAUCAGGAGAUGGGUCACUCUGAAGACUAAACAAUAAGCAAAUCAAGAAUAUGGAAAAAUUGAAAGAAGUUGAAUAUUCACAUGAAUGGCACUAAGAUCAGCUGAUGGGGAUAGUACUUUUUUUUUCCUUUUAAUGUGUUUCCUGAUGAUGGAAUGGAAAAGUGAUCUUGUUUUUAACAAUACUUGGUAUGAAGUUCACCAAAUCCUCAUGGAUCUAUUUGUUUUGCAUGGAAAAUUGUUAACCUGUUGAACAUCUCUGGAGAAUAAAAUAUUUCUAGUAUAAAUAUUGAUUUCCAACACAUAUCACGGAAGAUCCAUGUCUAAGUAACCAGGGAUAUUUUAAAAGUCCUCCAAAUUUCAUAGGUUUCACUAAAACAUAUUCCCAAAAACAGAGGAAAUAAGUGGGAUAAUUUUGAGAUGCUGAUGAGUCUUGACCUUUCCUAGAUUAAUUUACUUGGGUACAGUUGUAUCUUUUAAAGAAACCUAAGUUUUCAAGCCUGUUGAAGAAAGUUUUUUCAAAUUGACUUCACCUGCUCGUCUCUUCUGAAUAUUUAAACUCCUCUUUUGUCACUAUGGGCUUCACGCAAGGAAAUUCAGAGGUUUUAAUUUAUAAUCAUAAUGAAUCAUUUGGUUUCAAACCACAUUGAUGAUCUGGAAGUUCAGGGUUUCUGUUGGAAUUUAAUUCCCGGGACAAAGAAAAUACCGUCAUGGCGGAGAAGUGUGAUUACAUUGCAAACAUGUAUGGUUAUGAUUUGGGCUGCCGCUUUAUCAACUUCAAACCCUUGGGUUUUGGCGUGAAUGGGCUUGUUCUAUCAGCGGUUGACAGCAAAAGUUGCCGCAAGGUGGCCGUGAAGAAGAUCACCAUCAGCGACGCACAGAGCAUGAAGCACGCCUUCCGAGAAAUCAAGAUAAUCCGCCGGCUGGACCACGAUAACAUUGUGAAGGUCUACGAGGUGUUGGGGCCCAAAGGGAGAGACCUUCAAGGGGAAUUGUUUAAAUUUAACAUGGUGUACGUCAUCCAGGAAUAUAUGGAGACCGACCUGGCCCGUCUGUUGGAGCAGGGACCGCUCUCUGAGGAACAUGCCAAGCUUUUCAUGUACCAGCUGCUCAGGGGAUUGAAGUACAUCCACUCAGCCAAUGUUUUGCAUCGAGACUUGAAGCCUGCCAACAUCUUUAUUAACACAGAAGAUUUAGUGUUGAAGAUUGGCGACUUUGGAUUAGCAAGGAUCGUGGAUCAACACUAUUCGCAUAAGGGUUACCUGUCUGAAGGCUUGGUAACAAAAUGGUAUCGAUCUCCUCGUUUGCUCCUGUCACCCAACAACUACACCAAAGCGAUUGACAUGUGGGCAGCUGGUUGCAUUUUAGCAGAGAUGCUUACAGGAAAGAUGCUCUUUGCUGGAAGCCAUGAGCUGGAACAGAUGCAGCUCAUUUUGGAGACCAUCCCUGUUUUCCAUGAAGAGGACAAGGAAGAGCUGCUCAAAGUCAUGCCGACGUUUGUCAACAGCACCUGGGAGGUGAAGAAGCCCUUGAGGAAGCUUUUCCCAGAAAUGAACAGCCAAGCCAUCGAUUUUCUGGAGAAGAUACUGACAUUCAAUCCCAUGGAUAGACUGACCACUGAGAUGGGUCUGCAGCAUCCAUAUAUGAGCCCGUAUUACUGCCCAGAGGAUGAGCCUGUUUCUCAGCACCCUUUCCGCAUUGAAGAUGAGAUUGAUGAUAUUUUGCUGAUGGAAGCCAAUCAAAGCCAGAUGUCCAACUGGGAAAGGUACCAAGUGAGCUUGUCUUCGGAUGUGGAAUGGAGACAGGAGAAGUGCCAGGAUUUGGACGAAGUGCAACGUGAUCCUCGAGCCGGAUCGGGAUCCAUUGCCGAGGAAGCCCAAGUGGAUCCCCGCAAAUACUCCCAGAGUAGCUCAGAGAGAUUCCUGGAGCAAUCCCAUUCCUCCAUGGACCGAGCCUUUGAAGGGGAUUACGGCGGAUCGUGCGAUUACAAAGUGGGAUCUCCUUCCUACUUAGACAAGCUGCUAUGGCGGGACAGCAAACUUCAUCAUUAUUCGGAGCCCAAACUCAUCCUGGACUUGUCACACUGGAAAAGGGCAUCUAUUGCACCCGCGGCGGAGUUAGCUUUGGAAGAGGAGCCGUCUAACCUUUUCUUAGAGAUUGCCCAGUGGGUGACGAGUACGCAGACGGGACUCGAUUGCCCCAAUACCGUCCCAGAGAUCCAGGAACGGAGUUUGCCCUCUUCACCUCACCAUCUCCAAAGAGAAUCCAAGGAAGUUGACAGCAAAAGUGACCCUCAGUUUGAUUUGGACGUCUUCAUUUCCAGGGCGCUGAAACUUUGCACGAAGCCUGAGGACCUUCCAGACAACAAGCUCAAGGAUAUCAACGGUGCAUGUCUAGCUGAACACCCAAAUGAGAUUGUACAAACAGAAGUGUACCAUAAAGAGAGAUGGUAAAACAAAAGAAACAAACCAAGGUUUUGGUAAUUUCCUUCCCAAAAAAAUCUUCCAUUUUUAGGCAUUACUUACCCAAUGAUGAAUAACAGCCAAGAUCUGAUCACACACAAUGUUGGCUUUUUAUCCAAUGCUGCUGAAAUGCCUUCACGUUAAGGGCAAGCACAAACCAAGAUCCCCUUUUGAGGCCUUGAAAGUAAACCUAAAAGGAGUCCUGGGGUGUGAAUGAAAUGCGGGGAUUCUUACGCUGCCUUAACGCUUUGCCUUUUCCCCUUAGGGAGCAUGUGUCGGACAUCAGCCUUCAGUGCAGAGAAUUUAACAUACAAAAUGCUGCACUUUUAAUAUUACCGAGAAGAGUCAAAUAACUUCUGUCCUGAGAGCCAGGAAGGUUUGAGGAGUCCUCAGUCAGAUAGCCAGAAACCCUGUUUCUUAAUAACUUUACAGUCCACUUUGGUAUGGCCAUUUCCCAUGAGCUUUCAAUCUUAUUCCCAUGACAUUUGUAAGACAGGCCAGAGCAGUAUCUGUAUUACAAAUUGAACAUGGAACUGAGAGAUGGUGGCCAGAGCUUGGAAACGUUACCCUUUCAAGUUCUAAUUCUGCAAUUGACUCACAAUGAGUUUAUGAUUGAGGUAAAAGUUCAAAUGGGGACUCCCAGCUUGUAGUUCAUGGUCAGUAAAUGGUUAUUUAGGGAGAAGCCAUGGCCCAGUGAGAGAUAUGCAAGGUUAGCCCAACUUAUCUUGCAGCCUGGGACACAGUAAUAAAUAACACUAUGUCUAACCAAGUUAAGACAUAGUACCUAAAAUUAGCCAAAUUACUCUGACAUCUAAAGUACGCGUCUUUCUUCCUGAGCUCUGACAGUGCAACACUCACAAAUGGUCCAACUACUGAUUUGCUGACUUCUCAUGACGCCUAAACUGCUGCUUGAUAUGGAUGCCUCGCUUUACCUCAUGCUAGGGCUGGUUCCAGAAUUGCAUGCUUUGCAUGGAGAAGGUUUUGCCUUCAUUCUCUCAAUUUUAGUUAGAAAAGUUCAGUUACUACUUCAAAGAGUUGGAGAAUUGGGGAAAAAACCUCACAAGGACACUCCAGUCCAACCCCAUUCUGUCCUGCAGAAACACACAGUCAAUAAGGCAUACUUGACAGAUGGCCAUCCUAUCUCUGCUUGAAAACCUCCAGAGAAAGAGAAUCCACCACACUCCCAGAUAGCAUAAUCUACUGUCAAACAGCUUUUAUCACAGGCAUGAGCAAGCUUCAGCUCUCCAGGUGUUUUGGCCUUCAAUUCUCACAAUUCCUAACAGCCAGUAAACUGUUAGGAAUUGUGAGAGCUGAAGUCCAAAACACCUGGAGGGCUGAAGUUUGCCCAUGCCUGUCUUGUCAUCAUGAAGUUUUUCCUAAUGUUUAGGUGGAACCUCUUUUCCUGUAGUUUGAAUACUUUGUUGUAAUCUGAGCAGCAGCAGAAAAUAAGCUUGGUCCAUCUUAAUGUGACAUCCUUUCCCUCUCAAUCUUCUCUUCUUCAAGCUAAACAUACCCAGUUCCCUAAGUUGCUCCUUGGCUUGCAGAUCUUUGAUCAUUCUGGUCACUUCUCUCCCCCAAUUUGUCCUUAUCCUUCUUGAAUUGUGGUGCCCAGAAUAACACAGUAAUCCAGGCGAGGUGUAAUCAAAGCAGAACAAAGUGGAAAAUAACCUCUGCAGGAGAUAAUGAAGGGCCACUGCCAGUCAGAAUGGAGUGUUAAAGUGUUAAAGGAAGACCGAGUCACAGGGGAGCUUUUUAUGUUUUGCCCACAGCUUGGUGAAUGGGAGGACUCAUUGGAUCUCAUUGUGCUGUUACUAUUUUAUGUCCAAAAAAAGGCCUUCUGGUUCGCUUUAUGUCCCCCGGGCCUAAAAUGAGUAAAAAAUGCCUCAAUGCUCCUAAAGAAUGCAUGGUGUAAAACCAAAUUUUUAAUUUUGCAUGUUUUCAUGGCUUUGCAACAGACAUCACUGCUUGCACAAUGGUGCAAUUCAUUGUCAGUACGUCAGUGGGGGUUUUCACUCCACCAGCAUUAUAUUGGAUAUAAGAUAUUGAAACAUGUGACUAGGAGAGUGCAUGAUGUAGCAAAUUUGUUGAGGCUGAAAUUCCCAAAUAAUAGACCACCUAGGAUUUCCACACAUGAUAGAACAUGAUAGAAGAAAAUUAGGAUACAAAUGAAACAAAUUGAUUAUUUAAAGCAGCCCCAUGAACAACAGGUAGGAUCUGAGUAAAGAAUGGAAAGAUCCCUUUUGUGUCAGACUUUGCCAUACAGUGCAACUUCCAUAACUGCCAUUUCAUUUAUCCAUAUCUGACAGAAAAACUUCAUUUCAAUUGAAUUGGCAGUUAUCCACAGUUUUGCAUAUCCACACAAAGUCUAAGAAUGUGUCCUCCAUGGAUACAGAGUCAUACUAUGAUGGAAAGAUAAUGUAUUGUGGCACAUGAAUUUAAAACCACUGGGUUCAAAGUUUAAAACCAAACAUGGACGAAAUGCCUCAUCACACUAGAGCAUGAAUCCACUUUAAAUCCGGUUGCUGCCUCCUGCAGAAAUAACAACAACAACAACAACAACAACAACAACAAAAACAACAACUUUAUUUUUGUACCCUGCCUCUGUCUCCUCAAGGGGCUGAGUGGUUUACAUGGGGACGAGCCCGGUAAAAUAUAUACACAAUAUCAUAAAACAGAAUAUAACAACAAUAGUUAUAACAACAGGACCUGUCUGGCUGAGCUGUUUAAAGACCCCUCCUUAAAGUGGAUUUAAAGUGUAUCCAAGCUCUAGUAUGAUGAGGUCUCAAGAUAUAAAUUGUGCAUAAUAGCAUUGAGAUACAUAUUGCAAGGGUUUUUUUCUUUCUUUUUGGGAUACAUUGUGCAACCAAAGCAAGAACCUGUUCACAAGAUUCAGAACUGUAAGAGUGAUGAGCUUACAUGUUUGUAUUUUGUUUCGGGAUAUUGAUAUUGCCAGUUGUAUAUCCUGUUGUAUUUAGGAGAACACAAAGCCCUCAUCUGAACAGAGAAAUGCCCUACAAAUACAGCUUCAGACCCUGUCUAGUCCUGGUCAAGUUACCAUCUCUCUUGCCCCUGAACUGAUGUGUGAAUACCAGAUGAAUAGCUUGGAUUGCUCAGCAUUAAGUAAUUGCAUGCACAAAAUAUGGUGGUCUAUACACGUUUUUGCGUUUGAUUGUGGCACAUUAUACAACAGGCAGGGAAAACUUUUUUUCUCUUGAGGACCAAGUUGUUUCAAAGCAGUUUGCAAUGGAAUGUUGCACCAGUGGUAGACAGAGCAAGAGCCAAAAAGAUGCAUCUCCUUCCUUCCUUCCUUCCUUCCUUCCUUCCUUCCUUCCUUCCUUCCUUCCUUCCUUCCUUCCUUCCUUCCUUCCUCUGCUUUUAUAUUAUUCUCUCACACAUUUUCUUUUUCUCCUUCUUCCUUCCUGUCAAAGGGGGUAGUGGGGCAGGAACAAACUACACUUCCAGAAACCUGGGCAGAUUCAAUAGGGCUUGCUUGUGUUCAUUCCAGAACCAACUCUUAUGUAAUAAAAUAGUAAAAGUUGGGCUCUAGGCUCUCAGUACCAAGAGGAGCUAUUAAUCAGAAUGGAUCUGAAACUUUAAAAGUUGUUUUUUAAGAUUACAACUAAUAAUAGAGAUUGGAGGGAUUUUUGGAACUGUCCAGAAUGUAACUUUUCCAUAGGCUUGUAUGAGAUCCAAGAGGUUCAAGAAUGAGAUCCCAAGGAGCAAAUGCCAGUGCUAUCAAAACCAGGCAGGGUUUGAGAUCAAAUGCGGAAUCCAGAGAAAGGGAGCAAAUAUUUAUCUAUGUCUUCUUGACAGAAUAAACAAAUUACUUGGAUUGAGAAUAAAUCUGCAAAUGCCCAGUGUUAUAGGGAACGGUGGAUAGAAACUGACCCUAAGGCUCAUAUAGUAUUGAACAUACAUUUCUAUCACACCACCCAGAAUGCAUCCAAAUCUGAUACUGGAAGCUGCAGUGAUUUUGUCCCAAUUUAGUAACUGGGUCAGAGAUCACUAAGCAAGACCAGAAAUCUCCAGGUAAGUCUGAAACCAUAGACAACCAUUGCUGUCAAAGUCGGCAACAUUGGUUUAGAGCAGUGGUUCUCGACCUGUGGGUCCCCCAGAUGGUUUGGCCUUCAACUCCCAGAAAUCCUAACAGCUGGUAAACUGGCUGGGAUUUCUGGGAGUUGUAGACCAAAACACCUGGGGACCCACUGGUUGCAAACCACUGGUUUAGAGAGACCUCUGUUUUGACUCAAUACUAAGUAGCUGCCAAUGUUCAUUUGUCAGCUGAGUGGGUGUCUUGUUGUAUCCUAGACUAUCACAGUGGAGAAGUUUAGGCUAAAUGCAGUAUUCCUGGGAUCCCAAUCUGGCCUACUAGGGUGUUCAGCUAGACAAUAGUUGGAUGGACACAUACCUCUUCCUCAUGACACUACUAUUGGGUGGCUUCCUAGCUGUUGUAUGGUGUCCUUUCUAUGACUCGUCUAUUCUAAAAGGGUGUAGCACAUCUCUGAAGCUUAGUUUACAGGUGGAUAGAUUCAGCUAAGGAAACUAAGAGUGCAUCUACACUAUAAAAUUGAUGCAGUUCAUCACCACCUUAAAUCCCCAUGGCUGAAUGCCAUGGAUUCCUGGGGGUUGUAGUUUGGUGAGCCUCCAGCACUAUUAGGCAGAGAAAACAUUGAGUCUUGGCAGUUAAGGUGUCAUCAAACUGCAUUAAUUCUACAGUGUAGAUGCAUCCCAUGCCCAGAGUUUACGAGACCUGAGCAAGACUGUUGAUAACAGCUCACUUUCAUGGAGAGCUCACAUUCAUGGUGUUGCCAUAAGUUGAGGUUGACUUGAUGGCCAUUAAUAACAGCAACAACAACAACAACAUAGUUUAGUUGCUCAUAGUAAUAGCUGCUGGUAUUCUAAGUCUCACCUUUAAACCACUGGUCCUUCCCACCGCUUGAAUGUGGAUCUCAAUAGCCUACUUGAAUUAGAACUUGUCCCUUGGGAUGAAAUACAUAUUUUCCCUCCCCUUUGCUUACCAGCUGCUCCUGAAAUGCAGAGCUCAAUUUUCCAAGCCAGCAGUGAAAGUAAAACCCUAGUAAAGCUUCCAGGAGUAAAAUUCCUGCUGUGAACCUCAGCUCUAGAUGCCUCCCAGCGCCUUACAAGUAUUAAAAGUAGGAGGUCGAUCAUAGUUUUGCCUUAAAAUUUCUCAAGAGGAGUUUGGUCUUUUUCAUGUAUUUUACUAUAUUCAAUCUCAAAAGGAAAGAUGAGAAAGAAUGGAAUUUGGUUUGUGAAAUGCUGCCAAAUUUUGAAUUUAUGUGGAGUUCUAUUUCAAUCUAUCACUGAACCAAUUGUUCUCUAUCAGUAAUUAAGCCUAAACUUGAAUGUUCAUUAUGAUCCCUUACCUGUAGACCAUGGCAAAUGAGUCCUGAACAGGGAUCAUAAUACUUUUUUUUUUUUGCUUUAAGGCCAGUUGCUCUAUUUAAAGAAGAGAACGACACAACUGAGUGUUUCCCAGGAAUAGCCAAUUCUCAACUUCAGCAUUUUUCCCACCACAGUUGUUUUGCACUGAAGUGUCCUUGUAAGAUAAAGGAAUGGAGAUAAAUUUCAAAGAAAUGUUGUAAAUAAACAAAGAUACACACAAA